UCUACCUAACCAGAUUGUAAAUUAGUUCUCAUUUCAUAUUACACCAUACAGUUCUCGGUGCGUAAAGUCUCGAUACUGUCUAUUUAACUGAGUUAUCAGGAAGGGCGUUUGAAGCAUGAGCGUUCAAGCAACUCAUGUUCUUAUGCAGAGGGCUUCCCAACAUUUAGGUGGGGAGCCCAGUGUUCAGAUGUUUGAAGAGCCUAAGCAAAGAGGCAUGCGAUUCAGGUAUAAAUGUGAAGGUCGCUCAGCAGGCAGCAUUCCUGGAGAGCGCAGCGCAGAUAACAACAGAUCAUUUCCAAGCAUACAGAUCCUGAAUUAUUAUGGAAAAGGCAAGGUCCUAGUUUCACUAGUGACAAAAAGCGUUCCCUAUAGACCUCACCCACAUGACUUGGUUGGGAAAGAUUGCAAAGAUGGGUACUAUGAAGCAGAAUUUGGCCCUGAACGAAGUGUGAUAUCCUUCCAGAAUCUUGGCAUUCAGUGUGUACGUAGGAGAGAAGUUAAAGAAGCUAUUGUGUUUCGGAUUGCAAAAUGCAUCAAUCCAUUUAAUGUUCCAAAGGAGCAGUUGUUGAAAACAGAAGAAUACGAUCUGAAUGUGGUGAGACUCUGUUUCCAGGUCUACUUGCAAGAUGAAUGUGGACAUUACACCAGAGCUUUACCACCCAUUGUAUCCAACCCCAUCUAUGACAACAGAGCCCCCAACACAGCAGAGCUGAGGAUUUGCCGUGUCAACAAGAACUAUGGGGGUGUGAAGGGAGGAGAGGAGAUUUUCCUGCUUUGUGAUAAAGUUCAGAAAGAUGACAUCGAAGUCCGUUUCUUCACGCAAAGCUGGGAGGGCAAAGGGUCAUUUUCACAAGCAGAUGUUCACCGGCAAGUUGCGAUUGUGUUCAAAACUCCCCCGUUUCACACCAACAUCACCGCCCCAGUGAGCGUUCAGAUGCAGCUCCGCAGACCCUCGGACCAAGAGGUCAGCGAGCCCAUGGACUUCAGAUAUCUCCCAGACAAUACAGAUCCGCAUCACUUUCAAGAGAAGAAAAGGAAGAUUGAAGAGUUCCAAAAAAUAAUGCAAGCUUUACCUGGCAUGAACCAAAUGGAAAGGCACAAAAUAGUACCAAAGACUAUUAAAAGAGAGCCUUUUAAUAUGUUUCCUCAGAGACCAGUAGCAUCAAUGGCCAAUAGUACUUUACCACAAUCUGUCAGUUUCAUUCAGCAGUCUCAGAACAACAUGACUAAUUCAAUGUACACACACAAUGAUCUGCAACAAUCCAGUCUGAUGACCAACCCACCGCAAUCCACCUCUGUCAGUAGCAGCUGGUCCCCUGUCGUUACAUCAGGAAUAUCUCUGGACACCAUCAGGCUCAGCCAGCCGAGCAGCAGCAGCAGCAGCAUGCUAUCAUCAGUUCAGACCAGCAUGACCUUGCCUCCUUUAGCAGACAACCUUGGUGGGCUCCCCCUACUGACAGAUCACGACCUGAGAUUUUUGGAUUUGCAAAGUAACCAUUCACAGCCUUCCAUGAACAGUAAGGACACAAACACCAACAAUGCCGGAGCCUUGUCUGUCCAACAGCAGAGUACUUUUAAUGACCCUGGUCCUGACAUUUUAGGUGGGAGAAAUAGUGCUGUGAAUCUAACAGUUUCCAGCACAGAAAAUAAUAUGGAGACUGACGAUAUUCUUUUAAGCGGCGUCCCAGGCUCCAUGUAUCAGUGGAAGCAAGAACAGCAAGGUGCACAGGGAGGCAGUACCAUCCCUCUGGGGGUAAGUUACAAUAGUACUGCUCCAAGGCUGCUGAACAAUGGAGGAGGAGUUUUUCAAGGCUGUAUACAACCAUGCAAUGAUGUCAGCAACAGUUUAAACUGUGGAGCACACAAUGAACAGUUUGGGGGAGGGGCUAAUCAAGGUGAAGACCGUUUUAAUGCAGUUUUGAUGCAAGAGUGGAGUUAUUUUCAGUAAUGAUGCAAGUGAAAGUAAACAAAAUGUGUUGGACAGUCUUUUACAUGAUUUUAAAUGAAUUAUUUGGGUCCCCAGGUGGAUCACUUCAUAAAAGCAAGACUGUGUGAUGUGCAGGGUGAGUCUUAGUCAAGGGAGUGUCGUUUUGGCUCAAGCACUCCUGCAAAUUAGGGUGGCAAAACCAGCAGGCACUGUUACUCCUUAUCUCGCUUUGUCCUCCAGAGGCAAUUAGCUUUGUCAUGGGAUUGGAGGAUGCCCACUGACCUUCGGUUCUCCUGAGCUGUUUGUUGCAGUGAGAGAACGUAAUUGAACAUUCUAAAUUGGGGAGAAAAUCAGUGGUAAAAUAAUUAGGCUGAAAAUAACAUGUAUCUUUUUAACUAGAUGCAAUUGCAACAAAAAUGCAUUAUUUGCAACAAGAUUAAGGGCUAGAAUAAGAGUAAAUAUAUUUUUGUCUUGUAAAAUAUUAAACUAUGUCUUGCAUUAUUUUUGAAAAUAAGUUGUUUUCUAGGUUUUCAGUCAACCUUACUAGCAGGCGUGUUUUGUUACUCGUUUGAGUUCUCUUUAGUUGCACCAUAUGUAUUGACUGUACUUUUUAAUUUUUUAUCAUAUACUAAUGACUAAUUAUUCUAUUUUGGGUUUUUUCCUGACAAAAUGCUAUUUCUUGGAUUUUAUCCUUAAAAGGGAAAAAAAGAAAAGGUGUGUUGUCCUUAUUUGUAAUGACUAUGUCAUAUAUAAAAACAAUAUACUUUCUCAAAGUUCUCAAAGAUCUUAACAUUGUAUUUUUAAUUUUAUGAACAAAAGUUUUUGCAUCACAUUGACUAUAUAUAUACUGUUUAUAUUACUUAUGUAAUAAAUUAUGUAAUAAAUAUCUGAACAG